UUCUCGUCUGCUGUCCUCCCGGCCUGUCUGACUACUCUUUUGUCUCUUCCACCAGCUACACGCCAUUGGCGGCGGCCAUUACCGCAGCUGAGGUGUCUCGGGGGCCGCGACCUGGUUCCUGGCUGCGUCAAGUCCAUCCCCACCAUCAGGGGCCCUGGUGAAGGGCAGCCUGAGACUUAGACUCCGCGCCCUGGGGGACUUCGGUCUGUGGGUGGUGGUUGUCGUCAGCCAGUGCGUUACAUUGUUAGGCC